AUGGCUGGUGGAUUCCCCGAUGCUGGUGGUAUACCCGAAGGUAUGGCUGGUGGAUUCCCCAGUGCUGGUGGAUUCCCUGGUGCUGGUGGUAUGCCCGAAGGCAUGGCUGGUGGAUUCCCCAGUGCUGGAGGUAUGCCCGAAGGCAUGGCUGGUGGAUUCCCCGGUGCUGGUGGUAUACCCGAAGGUAUGGCUGGUGGAUUCCCCAGUGCUGGUGGAUUCCCCGGUGCUAGGGGUAUGCCCGAAGGCAUGGCUGGUGUAUUCCCCGGUGCUGGUGGUAUGCCUGAUGGCAUGGCUGGUGGAUUCCCCAGUGCUGGAGGUAUGCCCGAAGGCAUGGCUGGUGGAUUCCCCGGUGCUGGUGGUAUGCCCGAAGGCAUGGCUGGUGGAUUCCCCGGUGCUGGUGGUAUGCCUGAAGGCAUGGCUGGUGGAUUCCCCGGUGCUGGUGGCGCUGCUCCUGCAGGUGGUGGAUCAUCUGGACCAACUAUUGAGGAAGCCGACUAA